CCUUGUAGCCUAGGGACGUUGAGGAGUGCGGGGAGUGGCACCGCAGGCCUCAGGGGCGGAACCGGAAGUGGGGCGCUGAGAGCCCCACCUCUGCGUUCCGGGAGCCGGUCGUUCCCCCGGACCUGUUCCUGGUCCCCCAAAGUCACAGCUUGAUUCCCGGAGACCGGAGCCCUUCAGCCUGGGCGGGGCGGCGCGGGCGGGAAGGACGCCAUCCGGGCCUCGGCCAUGGAGGCUCCUGCGCCGUCCCUAACCGAGGAGGACCUGACCGAAGUGAAGAAGGACGCUUUAGAAAAUUUACGUGUUUACCUGUGUGAAAAAAUCAUAGCCGAGAGACAUUUUGAUCAUCUACGUGCAAAAAAAAUACUCAGUAGAGAAGACACGGAGGAAAUUUCUUGCCGAACUUCAAGUAGAAAAAGAGCUGGGAAGUUGUUAGACUACUUACAGGAAAACCCUAAGGGACUGGACACUCUUGUGGAAUCCAUUCGCAGGGAGAAAACACAGAACUUCCUGAUUCAGAAGAUAACAGAUGAAGUGCUAAAGCUACGGAAUAUAAAACUGGAGCAUCUCAAAGGCCUGAAGUGCAGCAGCUGCGAGCCCUUUGCCACCGGAGCCACCAACAACCUUUCUAGGUCCAACUCGGAUGAGAGCAACUUCUCUGAGAAACAGAGAGCGGCGUCCACUGUCAUGUACCAUCCCGAAGGGGAAUCCAGUACCACUCCCUUCUUCUCCACCGAGUCAUCUCUGAAUCUGCCAGUCCUGGAAGUUGGCAGAACUGAAAACAGCAGCUUCUCCUCAACCACCCUUCCUCGACCUGGGGACCCCGGGGCCCCCCCCUUUGCCCCCAGAUCUGCGCUUGGAAGGAGGAUCUUGUGGAAACUCAAGUGAAAUCUUUCUCCCCUUACGAUCACGCGCUCUUUCACGCCAGUGACACAUCACUGCCUAGUCUUUUUAAUAGUGAUGGGAAAUGUUGUAAAUGAUAGGCUCUUUUUAUAAAAACCACUCACAGUUUAUAAAAAGUUCACUCACAUCCGAUAUGUGUCUUUUAAAUCACAGUGUACACACUCUCUGUAAAUAGGAUUUGUUAGAGUAAAAGAGCACACUCUAGGGGUAGCUGGAUGUAAAUCAUGGGUGUGCGCUUUUCCAUAUUGUCUUUUUUUUUAAUUUUAGAUGUUUAGUAUUUUUAACUUUUAUGUUAUAGGACUAAUUUUAUCAGAAUACUUCUCAAUUUGAGAAAUCAACUCAUGGGCUGAGAAUACUGUUUCUCAGCACACUUAUGCUACAAAUUCUCAGUCAGAUCAUUUCCCAGUGAUCUGGCAGUACAUUUCAGCAGGAAGCUGUUCUGACUUGCAGUAAAGCCAGGCCGUGGAAAAGCUGCCCAAACACUAAGGAGGAUUUCCCCUCCUUGGUUCUGAGAAGCCUUCGGGUUCUAAAGAAACACCUGAUGGCAUUGAGCCACCUGUGACCUCAGUUGGUCAAAAAUCACUCUGGACUGCUCUUGCCAAUUGGUGUGACUAUCUGGAAUCCACAGUCCUGUGUCACCGUUCUUGUCCCUAAAGAAUAUUGUCCCAAGCCAAGGUGGUGUACGCCUUUAAUCCCAGCACUUGGGAGCCAGAGGCAGGCAUAUCUGUGAGUUCAAGGCCAGCCUGGUCUAUAGAGGGAGUUCCAGGACAGCCAGGGAUACACAGAGAAAAAAAGGAAUGUUAUCCCAAUAGGAUACUACUUGUAAUUAAUAUCACUUGUAACUGAUUAAAAAUAUUUCCUCUGA